AUGUCUUCGGAUCGUGAUCGCAAGGCUACACCGAAACUUGCGGAACUCGUAGCAGGCGCCUUCGAUGUCGUUCUCGUAUCGCGUUCUCUUUACACGCUCAAAACUGACUGCUCCACCUUAGCCGACUUCAACGCCAUUGCUCAGCAGUUCGUCGAGUUCUACUACAAGACCUUCGAUGGUAACCGCGCUGGUCUCGGUGCCCUCUACAAGGAGCAUUCUAUGCUCACCUUUGAGGCACAAGGAACUCAGGGUUCAGCCGCCAUCGUAGAGAAGCUCCAGAACCUGCCAUUCCAGGAGAUCCAACAUCGCACCGACACCGUCGACGCUCAGCCUUCUGCUGACGAUGGUAUCCUCGUUCUGGUGACUGGUGCGCUUUUGCUUGGGGGCGAGUCCAAGCCAAUGAGCUUUACUCAGGCUUUCCAGCUCAAGAACGAUGCGGGCAACUGGUUUGUGCUAAACGACGUUUUCCGUCUCGUAUACCCCGCCGCAUAG